AUGUGUCUUGGGGUCGCCAAGAAAGCCCAAGGGUUGCACCUCACCCAGAUGCGUCAGGCGCUGUAUUACCCUACAGCCCAUCGGCUCGACCCCAUCCCCCUCGUGGUUCAUGAAACCAUCUCCUUCAACACCCACCCCCUCCCUAUCCGACACAACCCCGCUAUACCUCAUUCGAUCCAGCGCUUUCUAACUGCGGCCACUUUCACCUUUAAACGGGCAAUGGUCCAGAUAAAGAUGCGAAACCCUCCGGCCGACAGUCGAGCUGGGAGCAAUGCCCCGGGGAGUCCUUCUAGUCCAUUGCCGACUCGUCCCCACUCAGGCGACGUCAAUCGCGCUCCCAAAGUUAAUGAUUGCUCUUUGGGCGGUGCGCUCAUGACCCCGGAGAGCAAGGGCCUCGGAACUGCGUGGCCGCGAUUACCCACUCCUGCCCACUCAGGGGCUAGUGUCACGCCCAGCAGCACCCCUCAAAACGGUGCCCAACAAACCGGAACCGCCGCCCGUAGGGGCCUCUCACCCACUCCUUCAGACCGCCCUGCCCGUCGCCAGUGCACGGGCACUGGAGGAUUGCCUCCGAGGUUUAACCCUUUUCAGCCCCUCGGUGGCGCUCCACCCGUCCCGGACCUCCCAAUAGACCCAAUCGUGCUGCCCCCCAACAACCAAUACCUUGCUAGCAUUGGCGUCCCGAUCAUUGCGCAGGCCCAAUGA